UGAAAUAACAGCGUAGAAUAAAUACGUUGUUUAAUGAAUGUGAGGAUGACAAACAGAAGCAGAGCAGGGAGGAGAGCUGCGGAGUGACAGUCCUGUGCUGCCUGCAUGACAGCGACCGGGCUGGGGGGGGGGGGUCGGCAGCGGAAGCCGUGUGUGGUUUACGUGCUGUGCAGACACAGCGGGACGGUUUAACACCGAAGUCCUCGGUGUUUUUCACUGGCAGUUUUUCUGUAGAGUAAACAAGCUACUGUAGCGGUAGGCUAACAGCGACAGGCCGCACAUGGAGCCAGGGACCUCGCGUGAAAUUCCGAGCGGGGCAGGGUGCCUUAAACCGGCCGGGGUGCGGGAGGAGACCCCGGGGAAAGAGGCGAGAGGCGGUAAGGGGAGCACCGUGAUGAAGUGCAGAGGAGCGGACGCAGACACCGCGAAGGAGGUGAGAGCGCACUGGGAGGAUGAUGGGGAGGCUGAGAAUCAGAUGAAACCCGAAGAAGGAGAGGAUGCCGGCAAAUACGAGGAAGAGCUGGACCCAAGAAUUCAGGAGGAGCUGGAGCACCUCAACCAGGCCAGCGACGAGAUCAACAAGCUGGAGCUGCAGCUGGACGAUGCCAGGUCCAGCUACAGGAGGAUUCUCACUGACUCUGCCAGGAAACUCAACGCUCAGGGCUCCCAGCUCGGUGCCUGCAUCGAGAAAGCAAGGCCCUACUAUGAAGCCCGCAGACUGGCCAAAGAGGCCCAACAGGAGACCCAGAAGGCAGCUCUGAGAUAUGAGCGGGCUGUAUCCAUGCACACCGCGGCCAGGGAGAUGGUGUAUGUGGCAGAGCAGGGCCUCCUGGCCGACAGGAACACCAUGGACCCAACCUGGCAGGAGAUGCUUAACCACGCCACCGCCAAGGUGAACGAGGCGGAGGAGGAGCGCCUCCACAGCGAGCGGGAGCACCAGCGAGUCACACAGCUUUGCCAGGACGCAGAGGCGCGAGUUCAGACCCUCCAGAAAGCACUGAGGAAGGUCAUCCUCAAGUCCAAACCUUACUUUGAACUCAAGGCUCAAUUCAACCACAUUCUGGAGGAACACAAGGCUAAAGUAGUCAGGCUGGAGGAGCAGGUAGCGAAAGUAAAAACACGUUACUCUGUGGCCCUGCGGAACCUGGAGCAGAUCAGUGAACAGAUUCAUGCACAGAGGGGGCGAAUCAGAGCCAGCAGCGGGCGUCCCGCGGUCUGUGGGGGGCGGAGCUCCCCUGUAGGUGCCGAGGCCGAGGUCAGAGCCGCCAUCGGGAUUCACGUCAGUAGCUGUGCUGCGGUCGGCGGCAUGGAGAGCGACUGGGCUGACAGCGAGAAAACCCGGCUGUGGGUGGAGAGGCACAGAGAGAGCGGCUGGGGCCAGAGGGAGCGGCUGGAGGCGGAGCAGGCCGGCUCGGACUGUAUGUCGGUCAUCAGCCUGCAGACCAUCGCCUCCGACCUGGAAAAGUGCGACUCGGUGGAGCACCUGGGUGACAUGAGUGACGCCGGGAGCGUGCUGUGCGAGGAGUGGGACCGCAACAGGAAGCCUAAUGAGAGGCCAGUCAGUAGGGAGGUGGUGACCCAGGGGCCCCAGCUGCAGAAGGCCCAACAGGAAAAGGGAGUGGUCAGUAAAGAGAAGCAGGAGAGCUUUGUUAAGCAGCACUACAGAAGUGUUAGUCUAUAGUCAGCAGGUGGAGGAGGAAGCUGAUGACGAGUGAGGAUCAUGGCGAGCGUAUGAUGAGGGAUCAGAGAGGAAGUCAGAGGUGGGAGACGAGCCGGAGAGAGGCUGACAGUGAUCGACACAUCCCGCACUGCCGCUGCAGUUAGGAAUAGCAGGGAGGGUUGGAAGGUACACUGGCCGCACACUAAUGAAUCUCUACGUGGCAGCAAUAAAGUGAGAGAGCGGUCCCGCAUAGCGCACCGACCUCUCCUCACGCUCGUACUUCGCUGCGUCUGAUCCAGGCUGAUGCUCCACACACUGAAGCUACACAGCAGGCUGAGGAAAACCAGUCACUGUAGAGCGCAAACAGGCGAUUUAAAACAACGCUAACACAUGCUGGUGUCUGGUUUUUAAUGUCUCCACAGACCAAUUUGAACAGUCGCUCUCUGUGUUGACACGGUGUCAGCUGUUUUUUUUGAUUGCUCUUGUUUAAGUUAAGUUUAUUUUUGUAGCCUCAUCCAAUGUUUUUAUCAAUUAUAAGAUUACAUUAAACAUUUAGGAAUACUGUGACAUUGUCAAUAAUAAGUUCAACUGAUCAGACAGGGUGUAAACAAGCCAGAUUACAUAAACUACCUUAUUACCACUAAUAAUCCCACAUUACACAGAAACGCACUACUAUGGUGGUGUGACUACCAUAUGUAUGACAGGUCAAGUUAUGGCAGCAAGGUUUACAAAAGCCUUGUGUUGUUGGCCACAGAUUGACUAAACUACAUUAACGUCAAAGAGUCACUGAGGGGAGCUAACUUGUCACCUGACUGAUCACAUGACUUCUUGUGUUUCUUGAUCUGUCUGACUUAUUUUUAGCAUUGUUCCCACAUCUCUUGGAAAAAGUGCAGUGAACAGUCCUAGAUGUUUAGAGGAACGCUGCGAUCACGUUUUGUUGCCACUGAGAUCAUCUAUGAGUGAAAUCGGCCGAUCCACCGCUGAUACCGAUCAUGGCGUACGUUACAUCAGUCUCACACACUUUGUAAAAAGUUCCACACGACCGACAUGUUUUUGUUCUGGUAGCCUCACGCGGCGGCGCGGUGAACGAGCUGGGAGGCGGGACUACACUACGCAGCACACAGCGCUUCUCUCAGCCGCAGACACUGGAGUAGGCUAUUAACCACAGCUGAACGGUUUGGAGGUGAUCGGUAACCAGGAGCAUUAAUGCCAGUCUACCAAUCUGUAUUUUUAGUGAAAAUUGGCUGAUAAUGAUCGGUUGCCGAUCAAGAUACCACAGUUUAAUCAUCAUCUUGACGAACCCUAAAUAAUGAAAUAAAAACUUUGAGAGGUACAGGGCUCAUCUUCAACCAUUAUACAAGUAUUUUUAUUUAAAGUAAUAUCACUAAAUGCUACUAUUUCCUAAAGCGGCUGGAGCCAUGUGGGCUCAGAUUUAUUUUUAAUAUAUACACUCACUUGUCAAUUUAUUAGAAACACCAAGAAGCUAAAACUAAUGUAGUGUAAAGGCCCUAUUUUAACGAUGAAAGAAAGUGGUGUAAAGCGUAUGGAGCGAGUGCUUUUACAGCACCAGCAUAGUGUAGGUUCACUAGUGCAGGUAAGCGCAGUGAACGGUCAUGUGUAACGGUGACUCUGGAGCGGCUGCACAGCUGAAAGCGGUACAGUUAUGUCAGGAUGCCUUAAAAUAACAGUAAAACACACCAAUUACUUCAGACCAGGUUUUCGUUGGUAGAUUGCUGCUUCAAAACAGCAAUGCAACAACAAUGCAUCUGACCACACCUCAUUUUGAGACCAUGGGUGCUCAGAUGGGUGCAAGUGUAUGCUAUUUAAACAAUGUGGGAGUGUGCAUCGGGGCGCUUUGCGACAGGUGUAAGAUAGAGCCCUAAUACUACAGUCAUCCUUCAUGAAGGUUGUAAAGUUCAGUUUGUGUUGAAGCUGUCUCGGAGGUGCUGAUUCAGCUGUGUGAUCACUGUGGAGGCUGCAGUUUGUGCUGCUGUUGUUAUCAGGUGGACAGGUGUAUUAUUCUGUCCAGCCCAUUUAUAUCAAUGAGGGUGGGCUGAACACCACAAACACCUCUCUGUUUAAUACACCCCAGUUCAACAGCAGCACAGAAUACAUCCUCUGAAACAGUUUCAACAUUACAACCUUCACACAGGUUGAAUUUAUUGCAGGACUAUUGCAUUAGACUGCAUUCCUGUUGGCUGGGUGUACCUAAUAAACUGACAACUAAGUGUAAAUAUGCACUGAUCAACCGAGGGUAAUUUGGUUUGUUGUGCCACAGAUAUUAACCAUCAGCAGUAGCUUCUGGUUCUGGUCUGGAUCUGGUUUUGUCAGAGCAAACUGAUUAAACAGUUUACUCACCUGCGUAAGUAACUAAUAAACUCAGAGUGAGGAUUGGCGGUGUGUGAGGUGCUUAUCUAUAGUGAGUGUAUUAGCUGCAGUAGCGUCAGUUUAGAGAAGCAGCAGCAGCACCGGUACAGAAGCUGAGUGAUGAGCAGCUGAAUGUCCCUGAGUGGACCAGCCAGAGCCCCGACCUGAACCCAGUCAAACAUCUGGAGAGACCUGAAACUGUCUGUACAACGACAGUCCCCAUCCAACCUGACAGAGUCUGAGGAUCUGCAGAGAACAAUGGAGAAAAUCCCCAAAUCCAGAUGUGCAAACCCAAGAAGACUGGAAGCUGUAAUCACUUAUUCAGCUAAGCCCUGAGUAAAGUGUCUGAAUACUUAUGUCAAUGUGAUAUUUCUUCUUUUUCUUUUUUUUACUUUUUGCAAAAAUGUGUAAAAUUUUUGUCGUCAUGGAGAACAGAAUGAAGACUGAUGAGGGGAAAAAAGAAAUUUAAAUGAUUUUAGUCUAAAACGGCAACAUGACAAAAUGAUGAAGCGGUGUGAAGACUUUCUGAAUAUUCUGUCUCCAGCUGCUUCAAAUAGGUAUUUCAUUGUUUCAGUGACUUUAACCUCUUGCAUACCUUUGGGGCGUUGAGGUGCAUUCUUCACAUUAAGAACAUGACGACAUGUGUCUUCAACUUGCUCAAGCGUCAUCGCACGAUCAAAACAGGGCCAGACCUGCCGGGCCUGUAUGUGAGCUGAUAUGAACUUAUUGCCAUUAUAUCAUCCAUCCAUUGAUUAGCUAUACCUGCUAACGUGUGAGGGUCACAGGGGCACGGGGCUGGAGCCCAUCCCAUCUGAGACUGGGUAAGAGGCGGGGAACACCCCAGAUAGGUUUGUUGGUCAAUCACGGACAGAUGUAUCAAACAAAACUAAUUUAUGGAACCCUUCUAAAAAAUAUUUAUGUUAAUGUGAGUAUGAAGAAAAAAGACUUGCUGAUGGAUCAGUAUUAGAUUGUUAAAACUUUUUAAAAUAUCCAUUUCCUCCAUUUUACCGUGAUGGCCUGUUGCACAGAGUCAUGCCCAGGGAAGCAGCCAAAUGUUCGAUAAGUUGAUGAUGUUUUAUUUAAUUUAAAGUGCCUGUGAGUUGGAUUUGGUUAGAUCCAAGAGGUGGAUGCUUUACAGUUCCAUUGAAAUAAAAUAUAGAAUUACUUCAAAGAGCUGAACUGAAACCAGCAUUAGUCAACAGACAGUCUACUUCAACUGGAGAGCUAAAAGUCUGUCUAAUUGUCUAAGGUAGAUUCAAGAUGUAUGACUUAAAACAUAAUGUUUGACACUGAUGAUAGAUGAUUUUUUUGUCUGUGUGUUCAUUGUUCUCAGGUUAGUCCAACAGGAAAUGUCCAGAGUAUAGUGUUAGUAGUGUCAGCACAUAAUUCCACCUAAAACAUCUCUGUUUCUGGACGGAGUUAACAAACAAGAUACAGUCUGUUAAAGUCAUAGUUCAGGGUUUUAGAUGUGGGGUUGUGUGAGGUGCUUAUCUAUAGUGAGUGUAUUAGCUGCAGUAGCGUCAGUUUAAAGAAGCAGCAGGAGCACCGGUACAGAAGCUGAGGGAUGAGCUGCUGUGGACCCCACAGAAACAAACUCAUAUCAGUUGAAGUGUUGCUUUAUUUUGAAUAUUUUCACCACUUAAUCUGCCGUCAGACAGACGUUUUCAACAGUUGAGCGACGGUCUUACGAUGCACAAGCGUGCCUUCGCCUAGCUUUGUCCGUCUCAAAUACUUACAUACUGUAGUUCCAAAGUAAAGGGCUGUUUAACGGCAGAUAAAGUGGUGAAAUAUUCAAAAUAAAGUGAACACUUCAACUGAUAUGAGCUUUUUUUCUGUGGGUAUUUCUUAAAGUGGCUAAAACAUGUUUUUGUGGAUGGCCCUGUCCACAGCAGCUCAUCGCUCAGCUUCUGAGCCGGUGCUCCUGCUGCUUCUCUAAACUGGGAGCUGAACUGAAUCUAAUACACUGACUAUAGAUCAGUACCUCACACAAGCCCAUGUCAAAUAAUCUGAACUAUCACUUUCAUUUGGUGUAUUUUUUUAACUCUGGAUAGCCAGGUUAGCUGUUCACCCCCAUUUCCAGACUUUAUGCUAAGCUAGGCUAACCCCGCUCUGACUCCAACUCCAUACACACAGAUAUGAGACUGAUAUCCAUCUGAGCAUCUCACUCUUUAAAAGUAACAGGUGGGUGUAUUUCCUGUGACAUUGAACUACUUAAUAGGUACAAAUGUUAUGUCACUGCAGGUUUUGAAUUCUGCAUCAGUACAGAGGUGGGUGGUGUUCACUGGCUGAUAUUCAUGUCCAAUAUCUGAGAAAAUGAUCCUAAUUUAAAUAAUGUGAAAUGUCAUCUUAAAUUAAUAUGAAUAUUUAUUGUAACUGAACAGGGAGUAAAAGGUGGUUUGUUUUUACUAAUGUAAAAUGUGUUUUCUCAGUUGACCUCUUACAUUUAUUAGCAGUGAAAGCACUUUUGAUCCAUACGGUAAUGUGAAUAUUUGGUUUUUGCAGAUGUGUGGUCUGUGAUUUCUUUUCAGAAGUGGCUUUGCACCACUGCAGCAUGUUUGCACUGGAUUUCUUUACUAAAACAUAUUUCAUGACUUCAGUCUAAACCCUGGUUUACAACGUUGCUGUGGAAAACUGUUCAAAGUGAAUGUACAGUUUCAGGAGAAACAGGUGUAUAAUACUGCUGAUUUGCAUCUUAUUAAACAUGCAAAAGUUAUUUUGUGGAACUUCAUUAUUAAAAAGUUUUAUUAAACAGUAUUUAACUUGC